GCCGCAGCGCCGCGCUGCAGCGCAAGGGGCGGAGAGGCAGAGCACCGAGAGAGGACCAGACGCCCUGGUCUCCCGUAUCCCGGUGCCGCAGGAGCGAGGAAGCGCGCCUCGGCCCUGUUCCCCAGCCUUCGUCCAGGCGCCCGCUGCGCCUUUCUGAGCCCCAGAGACCGAGCACCUGUCCUCCGCCUGGGCCUCAGCUGAGCCCCUCUUCCCCGGAGCACAUACGACCCCUGCAGCAGAAGAAGUGCCCCAGCCCCACGCCGGCGACCACCAUGGCCGAGACCAACAACGAAUGUAGCAUCAAGGUGCUCUGCCGAUUUCGGCCCCUAAACCAGGCUGAGAUUCUGCGGGGGGACAAGUUCAUCCCCAUUUUCCAAGGGGACGACAGCGUCGUUAUUGGGGGGAAGCCAUAUAUCUUUGACCGUGUAUUCCCCCCAAACACGACUCAGGAGCAAGUUUAUCAUGCGUGUGCCAUGCAGAUUGUCAAAGAUGUCCUUGCUGGCUACAAUGGCACCAUUUUUGCUUAUGGACAGACAUCCUCAGGGAAGACACAUACUAUGGAGGGAAAGCUGCAUGACCCCCAGCUGAUGGGAAUCAUUCCUCGAAUUGCCCAAGACAUCUUCAACCACAUCUACUCCAUGGAUGAGAACCUUGAGUUCCACAUCAAGGUUUCCUACUUUGAGAUUUACCUGGACAAAAUCCGUGACCUUCUGGAUGUGACCAAGACAAAUCUGUCUGUGCAUGAGGACAAGAACCGAGUGCCCUUUGUCAAGGGUUGUACCGAGCGCUUUGUGUCUAGCCCAGAAGAAAUUUUAGAUGUGAUUGAUGAAGGGAAAUCAAAUCGUCAUGUGGCUGUCACCAACAUGAAUGAACACAGCUCUCGAAGCCAUAGCAUCUUCCUCAUCAACAUCAAGCAGGAGAAUAUGGAGACCGAGCAGAAGCUCAGUGGGAAGCUGUAUCUAGUGGACCUGGCAGGGAGCGAGAAGGUCAGCAAGACUGGAGCAGAGGGAGCCGUGCUGGACGAGGCCAAGAAUAUCAACAAGUCCCUGUCAGCCCUGGGGAACGUGAUCUCUGCGCUGGCUGAGGGCACAAAAAGCUACGUUCCGUAUCGUGACAGCAAAAUGACACGGAUUCUCCAGGACUCCUUGGGAGGAAACUGCCGGACAACCAUGUUCAUCUGCUGCUCACCGUCCAACUACAACGAUGCGGAGACCAAGUCCACCCUGAUGUUUGGACAGCGGGCAAAGACCAUUAAGAACACUGCCUCCGUGAAUCUGGAGUUGACUGCUGAGCAGUGGAAGAAGAAAUAUGAGAAGGAGAAGGAGAAGACAAAGGCUCAGAAGGAGACGAUUGCAAAGCUGGAGACAGAGCUGAGCCGGUGGCGCAGUGGAGAGGACGUGCCAGAGACGGAGCGCCUGGCUGGGGAGGAUGCCACCCUGGGGGCUGAGCUCUGCGAGGAGACGCCCAUGAACGACAACUCAUCCAUCGUGGUGCGCAUCGCGCCUGAGGAACGCCAGAAAUACGAGGAGGAGAUCCGCCGCCUCUACAAGCAGCUGGAUGACAAGGAUGAUGAGAUCAACCAACAGAGCCAACUCAUAGAGAAGCUCAAGCAGCAGAUGCUGGACCAGGAAGAGCUGCUGGUGUCCACUCGAGGAGACAAUGAGAAGGUCCAGCAGGAGCUGAGCCACCUGCAGUCGGAGAACGACGCCGCGAAGGAUGAGGUGAAGGAAGUGCUGCAGGCACUGGAGGAGCUGGCCAUGAACUACGACCAGAAGUCCCAGGAGGUGGAGGAGAAGAGCCAGCAGAACCAGCUUCUAGUAGACGAGCUGUCUCAGAAGGUGGCCACCAUGCUGUCCCUGGAGUCUGAGUUGCAGCGGCUACAGGAGGUCAGUGGACACCAGCGAAAACGAAUUGCUGAGGUGCUGAACGGGCUGAUGAAGGACCUGAGUGAGUUCAGUGUCAUCGUGGGCAACGGGGAGAUUAAGCUGCCGGUGGAGAUCAGCGGAGCCAUUGAGGAGGAGUUCACUGUGGCCCGACUCUACAUCAGCAAAAUCAAAUCCGAAGUCAAGUCUGUGGUUAAACGGUGCCGGCAGCUGGAGAACCUCCAGGUCGAAUGUCAUCGCAAGAUGGAAGUGACCGGGCGGGAGCUCUCAUCCUGCCAGCUUCUCAUCUCCCAGCAUGAGGCCAAGAUCCGCUCCCUGACGGAAUACAUGCAGAGCGUGGAGCUCAAGAAGCGGCACCUGGAAGAGUCCUAUGACUCCCUGAGUGAUGAGCUGGCCAAGCUCCAAGCCCAGGAAACUGUGCAUGAAGUGGCCCUGAAGGAUAAGGAGCCAGACACACAGGACUCAGAAGAUGUGAAGAAGGCCCUGGAGUUGCAGAUGGACAGCCACCGGGAGGCCCAUCACCGGCAGCUGGCCCGGCUCCGGGACGAGAUCAAUGAGAAGCAGAAGACCAUUGAUGAGCUCAAAGACCUGAAUCAGAAGCUCCAGUUAGAGCUGGAGAAGCUUCAGGCUGACUAUGAGAAGCUGAAGAAUGAAGAACAUGAGAAAAGCACCAAACUCCAGGAGCUGACAUUUCUGUAUGAGCGACACGAGCAGUCCAAGCAGGACCUCAAGGGUCUGGAGGAGACAGUUGCCCGGGAACUCCAGACCCUCCACAACCUUCGCAAGCUGUUCGUUCAAGACGUCACGACUCGAGUCAAGAAAAGUGCAGAAAUGGAGCCCGAGGACAGUGGGGGGAUUCACUCCCAAAAGCAGAAGAUUUCCUUUCUUGAGAACAACCUGGAACAGCUUACAAAGGUUCACAAACAGCUGGUACGUGACAAUGCAGAUCUGCGUUGUGAGCUUCCUAAGUUGGAAAAACGACUUAGGGCUACGGCUGAGAGAGUUAAGGCCCUGGAGGGUGCACUGAAGGAGGCCAAGGAGGGCGCCAUGAAGGACAAGCGCCGGUACCAGCAGGAGGUGGACCGCAUCAAGGAGGCCGUUCGGUACAAAAGCUCCGGCAAACGGGGCCAUUCUGCCCAGAUUGCCAAACCCGUCCGGCCUGGCCACUACCCAGCAUCUUCACCCACCAACCCCUAUGGCACCCGGAGCCCUGAGUGCAUCAGUUACACUAACAGCCUCUUCCAGAACUACCAGAAUUUGUACCUGCAGGCUGCACCUAGCUCCACUUCAGAUAUGUACUUUGCAAACUCCUGUACCAGCAGUGGGGCCACAUCUUCUGGAGGCCCCUUGGCUUCCUACCAGAAGGCCAACAUGGACAAUGGAAAUGCCACAGAUAUCAAUGACAAUAGGAGUGACCUGCCAUGCGGCUAUGAGGCUGAAGACCAGGCCAAGCUGUUCCCUCUCCACCAAGAGACGGCAGCCAGCUAAUCUCCCACACGGGCUGCUGCAUACCUGCACUUUCAGUUUCUAAGAGGGACUGAGGCCUCUUCUCCUCUCAGCAUGCUGCAAACCUGUGGUCUCUGAUACUAACUCCCUCCCCAAUCCUUGUUGUUUGACUGUACUAUGUUUGAUGUCUUCUCUUACUCUGUAUCUCUUUGUACUCUGUAUCUAUAUAUCAAAAGCUGCUGCUAUGUCUCUCUCUUCUCUCUGUCAUACUCUCUAGUAUCUAAUGAUGUAUUUAGCAAUUUCUAAGCAUAGUAUACCCUCCUCAUUUGGGGCCAUAGGGAGGAGGGUCAGCGUUUCUUCUUUCUCUCAUAUAUGCAUCUCUCACACUGAACGGUGUUAGUCACGGAGAUGAUAAAAGGAAAAUGGGAGCUAGAGGGCUGUGAUCCUUCACACACACACACACACACACGCACGCACG